AUGUCUUCGUCUUUGGAAGUAGUCCGCUCAGUCAAGCUGGGAAUUCUCGUCCCAACAAAUCUUAUAGGAAAUAUCCUGGUAGUUUUAGUGGUCAAGCGCACAACAAAUUCUUUACAGACUCCUAUGAACUACUUGCUUGUUAACCUGGCCUUCGCUGACAUCACAGUGGCCGUGUUUAUGGUCAUUGACCAACUGUUUUUUCACGUGGUACAUCACCCGGAAGGUGUUGCUGGAGAUAUCCUAUGCAAGCUCCUUACUGGAAAGAUCCUUACCUGGGUGGGCUCCGUGGCAUCGGUGUGCACACUUGUAGUGAUUGCUUUUGAAAGGUAAUCUGAAAGUAUUUAGCCUUUCGGCGGUUUUAUAGCGUAUGGGGGCUGGCUAUGUUCUCUCUAAAGUAGUCUCCCACGCAGCGCAGAGAAACGUUUACGUUGCGUGGCGACACAAACUGCGUCAAGAUUUGUUGAUAUUGCUUUACCGGCUCUGACCUUGAAACACGGAAAACAAAAUCCCGAUGUAAUCGUCCUUGGGCGUACUUUCCGAGCUGCUAACCCGGUCAAAAAAACGUGGGACACUUCCGAUUGAUUGGGUAUGCACUGUGCAGUUCCCUCGCCCCGUUGCAUUGUUUUAUGAAAAAGCAAAGUUUGGGAAAGUUUUUCAACGUUAUAAUGGAAGAGUCGGGGGGCGGGGGAAAUCAACCAAGUGUCCCAACGGUUUUGUCCAGGGUUGUUAACCGUUGCCCUAUUUUCAUGAAAACAAUAUUUUUGCAGGUUCUACGCCAUAGUGCUGCCUUACAAACACACAGCAAAGCUGACCAAGAGAAAGACUGUUGUAACUGUGGUAUUCUGCUGGAUAAUUGCCUUAACAUUCAAUUUGCCACUGCUCAUCGUUCGCAAGCUAAAUCUCAACAUCAAAGAGACUGGGUUCUUCUGUAGAAGCUAUUGGCCAAGCAAGCAGUUAGCAAUCGCCUACAACUUUCUUUGGUUGGUUUUUGUUGGUGUUGUUCCAGUCGGUCUUAUGGCUGUCUUGUACGGUCGGAUUGUGUUCAGCUUAUGGUUUCACCAAAAUAGCGUGACAAACGAAGCGCAGAAAGCGCGCUUAAAAUCCCGAAAACGCGUGACAAAAAUGCUGGUCACGCUGAGCGUUAUUUACGCCGUGUGUUGGUUUCCAAACUUGUUAAUCAACACCAUCGAUUAUUACAUAGAAAUUCCCGCCCUUCGUUCAAUCGGUUAUCUUGUUUCGGAAAUGCUAGUACUUCUCAAUUCAAGCAUUAACCCAUUUGUGUAUGCUUUGCAAAGCAAGCAAUUCCGGGAGGCCAUUAAGACCAUUGUUUGUUGUCGCGAAGGGGGUAGGGUCAUGCCGCUUGUAGCCGCUACAAGAAAUGUGACCACACUUGUUCGGGCCCUGUAA